GUUGACUUCCCUUGGAGUUUUCCAUGAGGACACACAACUCCUCAAAAGUCUCCCCCACCCCACCCCAAAAUAGUCUGAACAAUUGUCUGCAGAUUAAGCAGCAUUUCUUCCUCUGAAGUGUGCUUAGAUCUCCAGCAAGAGAGAGCUUUUGGGGCAUUUCUUCAACUGGCCGAGGUGAAGAACCAUGGCUUAUCAAAGCUUCCUGCUGGAACCCAUCACUUGCCAUGCCUGGAACAAGGAUCGAAGUCAACUCGCCAUCUCCCCCAACAAUCACGAAGUCCACAUCUACAAGAAAAAUGGCUCCAAAUGGGACAAAAUCCACGAGCUGAAGGAACACAACGGGCAAGUAACAGGAAUCGACUGGGCCCCCGACAGCAACCGGAUUGUGAGCUGCGGGACAGACCGCAACGCUUACGUCUGGACCCUGAAGAACGAUGUUUGGAAGCCCACCCUGGUCAUUCUCCGGAUCAAUCGCGCUGCCUGUUGUGUGAAGUGGUCCCCGAAAGAGAACAAGUUUGCUGUGGGCAGUGGAUCCCGGAGGAUCUCCAUCUGCUACUUUGAGCAGGAGAACGAUUGGUGGGUCUGUAAGCACAUCAAGAAGCCAAUUCGAUCGACCAUCCUCAGUCUGGACUGGCACCCAAACAAUGUUCUCCUGGCAGCGGGUUCCUGUGACUUCAAGUGCAGGAUUUUCUCGGCCUACAUUAAAGAGGUGGAAGAGCGGCCAGCCCCUACUCCUUGGGGAUCUAAGAUGUCGUUUGGGGAGCUCAUGUUUGAGUCGAAGAGUAGUUACAGCUGGGUCCACAGCAUCUGCUUUUCGGACAGUGGUAACCGUCUGGCCUGGGUGGGCCACGACAGCACCAUAUGCCUGGCAGAUGCCAACAAGAAAAUGGCUGUCGCCUGCCUUUCUAUAGAGACUCUGCCCCUCCUGGCUGUGACCUUCAUCACUGAGAACAGUCUUGUGGCUGCAGGACAUGACUGUUACCCAAUGUUGUUCGCGUACAAUGAACAGCAGGGCAUCUUGAGCUUCGGAGGGAAAAUGGACAUCCCCAAGCAGAGUUCCCAACGGGGACUCACAGCUCGGGAGCGUUUCCAGAACAUGGACAAGAAGGGCAGCUCUGAUACCAACAAUGCUUCUCUGGACACAGUUCACAAGAACAGUAUCAGCCAAAUCUCUGUGGUGGCAGGCGGGAAGGGCAACUGCUCCAAAUUCUGCACCACCGGAAUGGAUGGCGGCAUGAGCAUAUGGGACGUGAAGACCUUGGAGGCUGCAAUGAAAGGCCUCCGGAUGAAAUAAGCCUCCCUGCGUAUAAAAUCCGCCAGCAGAAACAGGGAUUCCCGCCUGCCAAGGAAAUCAAUCAAGGCUUAAAUCUUAGAUUCCUGCUUUCCAGAAUCCUUAAAAUGACAAUCCCAGAUGCUUACAAGCUCAGCUUUUUUUUUUUUUGGGAGGCCUCCUGGGCAGGAACCCAGGAGGGGUUUAAAAUAAAAUAAAAUAAAAUAAAAUA